AUGAAACCAAUGAUAGCUUUCCUUCUCUUCCUUCUAUACGUUUCCGGGGUUGUCAAGGCCGCAACAUCUCUGGUAGAGGAGGAUUUGGUAAAGAAUCAUCGACCCGCUUUCCGGUUCGAAGCAUCGGGAAGAAGAUUUCCAUAUUGGCGCUCCUUCCCAGAUGAAUUUGACUUCUCUGGACCUGAGACCGAACUACAAGGCAAGGCUUUUCCCGGCUCCGAUGGUUACAAUGCGCCCUCCCGGAAACGUGGAGCAUACUUUGAUAUGCCAUGGGGCUAG